UGGCUAUCCAUCAGUUGCAGAGAUGCUGCGACCGCGGGGUGGAUACGGAACACUGUUCCAAAGCUGGCACCAUGGAAGGGGGCGAAGAUGAAAGUGGUCGAGGAGGCAGAAACACCUCGCCGCAUCAUUCUUGUGGGACUCUUCCCGGAGCUGGACAGCUCUGCCAGUGAAGAUGCGCUCAGUCUGCUUCAGGCACAGAAUGACGGCCUGAGAAUUCCGGACUGGCGCAUUCUGAAUCGAGUACGCAGGUCAACAAUGGCGGAAAUCACCAUUGCAGUUGACCCGCUAUCAGCAGACACGCUAAAGCACCGCGGGAACGUGGUAAACUAUGGCUUUGGCGUAGUAAAACUUAGGGAGAAAGCCAAACCGUCGAUGCCCGUGGUAGACAAAGAUGCCGCCGACACCGAAUACCCUAACUCGGAGGAGCAACCUUGCUGCUCCAAAGACGUCGUCGUAGCUCCCAGGCAGCUACCCAAUGACACGCAAGUGCAGCAGAAGUCAUCGGAGGUUGGCACAGAGCUACAAGUAAUACACAAAGCUCCACCAAUGCCUCCGAAAACAGCAACAACAACAUGCCCGACCCUACAACAGGUGCUGGAAGAAGCCCAAAAGAACGUCGGACCCAUCGCAUCCCCAAAGCCUGCAAAACGGCCACCACUACGUGGCAGCUCCAAAGCGGCUAUUUCCAGCCGCAAAGGCAAGGGAGAUGCAAGGACGGCCGAAGAAGCGGUCUUGCUGAAGGGCAACAGGGGGAAGAAGGUGGCUGCUCGCGGCCGAAAAGACCGCAAGUAAUGGCACCUCACCCCAAAAACUUCACAAAUCCGAGGCACAUUAAAUGCCUCCAAGUGAACCUUCACCACGCGAAAGCAGCAUCAGAUGUUUUACAUAGGAGGUUCACAAACGAAGGCUUAGGUGUAGCCUUCAUCCAGGAACCCUGGAUAUUAAGAGGUGACGUCAAAGGCCUUAAUAUAAAGGACGUUCAUUACGGCAGAUCUCGUUGCGGUAUG